CCCGGAGAAAGAGAUGCUGAUGAGCGACAGAAGCAGAAAUCUGCCCCUCAUCCUCAACACUACACCACAAUGAAUGUGGCAGUACGCACGAAGUGAUAAAGAUUGUUCGAUUCAUUCAACUACCUCACAUUGCGCCCGGUGUGCGUCUGCCGCAGCGGUGAAGUAAAACGCCUCACGUGCUGCUGCUCCGAGCGCUAAGAAGACUCACCAUCUCCCAUCGAGCACCAGGAAGAAGGCUGAAUGGCAGAGCCGGAGCUUCUGCUGGACUCCAAUAUCCGACUAUGGGUGGUAUUGCCCAUUGUCUUCAUAACCUUUCUUGUUGGGGUGAUACGGCAUUAUGUCUCCAUUCUUCUUCAGAGUGACAAGAAGCUGACUCUAGAACAGGUUUCUGACAGCCAGGUUCUUAUUCGGAGCAGAAUUCUCAGAGAAAAUGGAAAAUACAUUCCCAAGCAGUCCUUUUUGAUGAGGAAGUUUUUCUUCAAUAGUCAAGAAGAUGGAUUUUUCAAGAAGACCAAAAGAAAGGUUGUUCCACCCUCUCCAAUGACAGAUCCCAGCAUGCUGACAGACAUGAUGAAAGGCAACGUCACCAAUGUGCUUCCCAUGAUCCUUAUUGGAGGCUGGAUCAACUGGACAUUUUCAGGAUUUGUUACAACUAAGGUUCCGUUCCCUCUUACGCUGCGCUUCAAGCCCAUGCUGCAGCAAGGAAUAGAGCUACUCUCGCUGGAUGCAUCCUGGGUGAGCUCAGCAUCGUGGUAUUUCCUGAAUGUGUUUGGACUUCGAAGCAUGUACUCGUUAAUUCUGGGCCAAGAUAAUGGCGCAGACCAGUCGAGGAUUAUGCAGGACCAGAUGAGUGGUGCUGCCAUGGCCAUGCCUGCAGAUACAAAUAAAGCAUUUAAGGCUGAAUGGGAGGCACUGGAACUGACUGACCAUCAGUGGGCGCUGGAGAGCGUUGAGGAGGAUCUGAUGAGCAGGGAGCUGGACUUUGAUGGCAUGUUUAGCAAAGAGCUGCCAAGCGGCAUCUUCUGAUGACCUUGGUGUUGCUAUUUGUAGCCUUCAAUUUACAUUUUGUAUCAUUGCGGGAAUAUUUUUCUGUUAAAGACAGAGAUUGGAUGAAUCCCUUAAUGUUAUGCAAAGUUUACAUUUGCUUAUUUGUAAUCCUUGUUUUUUUAUUUACACCUGUCUGUGAAAUACCUGAAACUAAAAAAUACACUGGUUCUGUGACCACAUUGUAGAUACUGAAAGCA